AAAAGACGUUACACAUUAUGUAAAUAUUCUCUGGAUAUAUCUCUACUCGCUAACAAAUAAAACAAAACGUCUAUUCCACUCUCCUCUCUUCGCCGUGAAUGGCAACACCAGGGGUGGCUCAGCCUUCGACCAAGAAACGAAGCUUCCUCCUCCGUGAUAUUUUCAAAAUUUGCGGAUCAAUGUCAAGAGUUUUGCCUCCUGAGAAGCCUAAUCAUAAACACGAACGAAAGUUCUACAAGGAAUCCAAACGCCACGAAGAACAUAAAUCCAAAGUUACUAACGAGGCAAACGCUUUCAAUUUCCAGGAAGCCAAGGCUAAUACGGUGGAAGGCGCGAGUCUUCGCAAGGUUCGAAGCUAUAACAGACUCGACAGCGUGAGACACAAGAAGCCAUUAUCUUUAUCAAGAAGUCAUAGCCACAACACGGCCACGGCAGGUGCAAGGCAGAGUUCAUCAUGUGUAGGGAGAAGCAAGAGCAGCAGCAACAGGACGGUUUCAGCUGGUUUUAUGCCUACACUUAUGAGAUCCACGACCACAUCGCCUAGGAGCUUUGCAAACCCAAUAUUGUACUCGACCUCAUCAGAAAAAGUGGCUAAACCUCAACCAACAGAGAAGAAACUAAGCUGCUCGCUCGAGGAGCUAUGCAACGGAUGCACUAAGAGGAUCAAGAUCAAGAGAGAUGUGACUACAACCUCAGGGCAACUGAGCAAGGAGGAUGACACGGUGGAAAUAAGAGUGGAACCAGGAUGGAAAGAAGGAACCAAAGUGACAUUCGAAGGAAAAGGAAACGAAGCAAUGGGAAGUUGUGUACCGGCUGAUUUGACAUUCGUGAUAGUCGAGAAAGAGCACGAGGUGUUUAAAAGAAAAGGUGACGACCUAGAAAUGGCGGUGGAAGUCUCUCUUCUCGAAGCUUUAACGGGGUUUGAGCUCUGUGUUGCUUUACCUGAUGGUGACAACAUGAGUUUGAGGAUAGAAGAUGUUAUUCACCCCGGAUAUGUCACAGUCAUUCAUGGCAAAGGGAUGCCAAAACCAAAAGAGAAUGGGAAGACGAGAGGAGAUUUGAGAGUUCGGUUUCGGACUAAGUUUCCGGAACAACUUACAGAUGCUCAAAGAGCAGAGAUUCAGAGCAUUCUUCAGAAUGAUUCUUGAUCUUGUUUCUUUUUCUCUUUUUCUUUUUUUUUUCUUCUUUUCCUAAGGGAGCUUUUACGACUUGGUUAAUUAGAUUAAGAAUCUAAAGAA